UUCGCCACAUCGCCUAUUCGAUCACCACAUCCGGCUUUGCGUCCCUGACAACGUAUGCGACAUGCGUCGACACAUACUCUUUGAUCCGCGGUCACCUUAAUUGGUAGUACUGCCAUCGCAACUCCUCAAAGCACCUCCAGCGCGCCCACGAUGGACUUCCUCCAGUGCGCUCACGACGCGACUGCCUGCCUCCUGCUGUGUCUUCAUCUCUCCAGUCUGGAUCUCACUCAGCGCCGAUUCUAUCUGGGUCUGCUGAAGCUACCUUUUCCUCACCUGCUGCCUCGCUGCUCACUCUGCGAUACCGGCAAUGACGAUCAAGCGGGAUUCCCACGCCGCUUUCGGCGAGCCAGAUCCCCUGCUCGACAAGUGCAAGAAGGCCUUGCAGCGCGCUGAAGAAAUUGUCGGCAAAGCUAUACCAGAUGAGCUGUUUUGUCGAAGCCAUGGUAUAUCCAAACGAAUGAAGAUAUGAGGCUACCAAUUUCGGUAAGACAGAUCGGGAAUUCACCUCUGCCAGGUAUCGAUGGUCGAGAUCCUGAAGUUCUGGGGUCCAGCCAGCAUGGACGAGAGUCCACCGCCGGACAACUACACCAUCCUCCUGCAUCGCAUGUUUCCAUCAGCGGCAUUUGUCAAUCGCGCGUUUUAUGCUGCAGCAAGGGCGCAAUUGCCACCUCUGCUCACCUUCACUCCCGGCAAGCGAUACGUCCUCCCUCCGCCCGGCACGAAAGCCAUGGAAGCACCAGAAGGGCCCGACGACAGCAUUUCGGCUACCCUAGAGAAAUCCUUCCACGUCUCGCCACAAGAGUUGCAAAAGAUCCGUCGUUUUGCCAUCCGCUGGGCAAAGUACACUGUGCGAAACGAGUACAAUCCGCCUCAGUUCAGACAAUCUUUCUACAGUUUCAGGGGUCACUUCGAAGCGUUGGCAAAGAUAUUGCACCCGAAGUGUAUCGUGGAGGUGCACGAGGUGGCUGAGCAGUGGCACAAAGAUUUCUUCCUCAAGGCGAUCGACGACAGCGAUACCCCUGGUCCUGAUUUCGGCCACUGCACGAGUGAUGUCGUGCCAGAAGAUUCCGACGACGACGCAAGCUAUUCCGACGACGAACUUCUAGAGAACAUCUGCUCUACGACGAAGUUCAUCCGCACCACACGUCGCAUUGAUCGAACGAUAGCAGUGAAAGAGCUGGAGACUGGGGACUGGCGCGCAGAUUCGGCGGCGACACUACCACAUUCCUCGCAUUUGCCGAUUGGGACCAGUGGGUCAAGGACAGAGCGCGAUUCGUCAGUCGGGGAGCAGCCGUCGCCACAUCGACGUGAUGGAUACCACUAGCCCUUCAAGUCCACAUGUGUUGGAAUGCAAUUGUGACUUCCGAACAUCUCAUUGUGCAACCAGAUCUCAAAGGCUUGUGAAAAAUGAAGUGAAGUCUUGCAAUCGCACCUUUCCAUAACAUGGAAGAACUUACUAGCAUCGACGGUUGCCAAGGCCCGCCUCCACUUCACUUUCUCUUCGCUGAACUACCUUGACUCCGACAUCAACAUCGACAAUAACGGCCACAUCGAAUCGACACUGACAACAUCCAAUGAAGCGGCAUCACGAACGCGCGAUAUCAGACCUGCCACCGCUCGACACGGCAUCACUCGUCGAGGUACCGCUC